UUUGUGAUAGUAAAUGAGGGUUUGUUUUGUAGGUUAUAAAAUAUAGAACAUUGCCUAUUUUAAUUAAAAUAGGUAAAUAGUAAUAAUAUAGAUAUAAUUCAAACGGCAUGGUUUUAAGAUUUCAAAGUUAUGUGAACAAAUUACAUACAUUGGUAUCCAUAAGCAAAACUAAAGCAAUGAAUCUAGAAAAGUGUUAUUUCAGAUACGUUCAAGACGAAGAAAGAAUUGAUAUUUCUUUUUUAUUAAAAGUUAAGGAUUCUGUGAGGCAAUUCAAUUUUAGUAGGAAACCAACAGAGCAGUUGGAAACAACUUUAAAUCGAAUCGGCGCUAAUAUUAAUAAAGUCAUUAAAAAAGGAGGUAAAAAGAAAAAUACAGAUAUACCCGACGUGGAAGUUCGAAUUUUUGAUAAUAAAAAUGAAGCAAUAGGAGCGAAGUCCACGUGUAUGGAUUUGUUUUCAUUGCAAACUCCAAUAAAAUUAAAAGUAGACGAUCAAGUGUACGAAGCCGUGUUCAACGUCCCGUGGGUGGUGAGCGUGAGCUUGCCCGCGUGUGUGCUGGCCGGCUUCCCCGUCCAGCCCGAGCACCUGGUGCUGCAGCACGCCGACCGGGGCCGCUGCAGGUAUCACUGGUUCAGAGGCCUCUCCGUCAACGACAAAGGAAAUGAAAUCAUAGAGAAUCACAUAAAAUGGGAAUUGGUUGGAGAGAGCUUCAGCUACACGCCGACUAAUGAUGACGUCGGCAAGAAACUGAAGCUGGAGUGCACGCCAGGCAAUGGUGAAACCUAUGGACCGACAGUAUCAACAGUUAGCAAGACUCUGGUGGAAGCUGGCCCAGGCGUAUGUCCAUUUGAAACUAGACACAGGUUCACAUCUACCAAGCUUAAAGAUAAAAGUUUCCGCUGUGUCAGCUACAACAUCCUGGCAGACUUGUACUGUGACUCCGACUUCACCAGGACUGUGCUCCAUCCAUACUGCCCCCCGUAUGCGCUGCAUAUUGACUACAGGAAACAGUUGAUUGUAAAGGAAUUACUAGGCUAUAAUGCAGAUAUAAUGUGUCUGCAAGAAGUGGACUGCAAGAUAUUCAAUAAUUGCCUGAACCCAGUGCUGGAGAGCCACGGCUAUCGCGGCCUGUUCUACAAGAAGGGGAAGGAGGUGGCCGAGGGACUGGCGUGUUUCUAUGAUGCGCACAGAUUUGAGUUGAUAGGAGAAGAAAAAAUAUUGAUAUCCGAAGCUAUAAAAACGAAUGCUUGCCUGCAGCCCAUUUGGGAAGCAAUAAAAGGCAAUGCCGCCCUGGUGUCCCGGCUCCUGGAGCGGUCCACCGUCGGGAGCGCCAGCCUGCUGCAGGCGCGGGAGUCGCCCGCGGAGGUGCUGGUGGUCGGCAACACGCACCUGUACUUCCACCCCGACGCCGACCACAUCCGCCUGCUGCAGGCCGGCGCGCUCAUCUACUGGCUCAACGAUCUGCGGACGCGGGUUAUGGACCAGUUCCCGGACAAGCGCGUGUCGCUGUUGGUGAGCGGCGACUUCAACAGCGUGCCCUCGUGCGCUGUGUUCCGGCUCUACACCGCGGGCGCCGCGCCGGGCUGGCUGCCCGACUGGCGCUCCACAGACGCGGCGGAGGCGGUGUCGGGCCUGAGCCUGCAGCAAAGCUCGGCGCUAGCUAGCGCUUGCGGCACUCCGCCCUUCACCAACUACACCGCGGGGUUCGCGGACUGCCUCGACUACAUCUUCAUCGACCGCGCGGCGCUGGCCGUCGACCAGGUGGUGCCGCUGCCGGCGGAGGCGGAGCUGGCGCAGCACACAGCGCUGCCCAGCGUCGUGUUCCCGUCCGACCACCUCGCGCUCGUCGCCGACUUGCGGUUCCUUCCAUAAAUAAGUACUUGUUUAUGUACAUUAUAUAUUACAUAUAAAUCAUGUUACACA